ACCAAUUGUUGGAAGUUAACCACGGCCGUCUCUGGAGUGAAAAAGCUUGUAGUGUUGACGUCCGGAUUGGCCGCCAGCCCUAGGUGUCGGAGAAUCUCCAAAGCUGUCCCCAUCCUCCAUUGCCAUUCUCCCUCACCAAGCUCAGUGCUUUAUAGAUUCUUUCCUCCUUCACAUACCAGCAGUAUUCAGAAAAUUAAACGAAAAUGGCAUGACCAAGAUCACUGGUUAUACAUACAAGUUGGGUUUAGAACAGCGUGCUUCGGAAAGAAUGCGAGUGCAGGUUCAUCGGGCAUUGAAGUUUGCCCCCAUUUCUCGCAACUUCUACGGUCAUGCUCACAGCGAACCUCACCAUCCUUUUCAUGCCCCCCUCGAAGGAGCUGAGGCGGUUUGGUUCGCCAAAGCGAUUUGCAUACUUUGCGUUCGCCAUUCAUCUAGUCUUGAUGUCUUGGACUGUGAUUAUUUCCGUCAAAAUCUGAAUUCGCUGAUUGCUUUUGACGUCAUCGAACACAUUAGUGGUAAAUUGAAUAACCCCGUGUUGGCAUUUAGCUUCUUCCAAUUCGCGAGACUCAAUUUGAAUAUUGUCCAUUCCCUUUCUAGCUUCCGAUUGCUGCUUAUGUCUCACUGCGAAAUAGGUCUCCAUCAUACAGUUAGGUUAUUGUUUAAUCACAUGAGAACAGAUGGGUAUUUCCCAGACAGGUCAAUUGUAGAAUUUGUAGUAUUGACACUUGCAAAUGCAGGCAGCAUUGAAGUUGCCAAAGAGAUUUUGAUUUCUGAAUCUCAUGUGAGUAAUGAGAAAUGUGGAAAUAUUUGCCAUUUUCUGCACAGUAAGUUUUUGAGUUUGUUGAUGAAGAAAAAGAGGGUGGAGGAGGCUGUUAGUUUCUUUAUAGAUUAUAUUUUGAGGUCUAAGAUUUUUUGUUUGGAUACUUUCACAUUUAACAUUGUCAUCCGAGGGUUGUGCGUGUCUGGAAUGGUUGAUAGAGCUUUUCCAUUUUUAACGGGCAUGGAGAAUUUUGGCUGUCUUCCCGAUCUUGUUACAUAUAACACUCUCAUAAAUGGAUUUUCCAGUGCUGGUGAUGUAGAUAGAGCUCAAAGUUUAGUGAGAGAAAUACAUUUACUUGGUCGAUUCUCCCCAGAUGUUGUGACAUAUACAUCUGUUAUUUCAGGUUACUGUAAGUUGGGUCGAAUGGUUGAGGCGGUCAAUAUAAUGGAAGAAAUGAUUUCUUUUGGGAUUCGACCAACCUUGGUUACCUUCAAUAUUUUAAUAAACGGGUUUGGCAAGAUUGGAGAUAUGGUUUCCGCUUUAAAGAUUCAUGAGAGGAUGAGUCUUGUUGGAUGCCUUCCUGAUGUCAUCACCUUCACUUCUCUGAUCAAUGGACAUUGUCAAUCUGGUGAUUUAGAUCAUGGUUUGAAGCUCUUUGAUCAAAUGAAAGAAAGAAAGCUUUUUCCAAACUCAUACACAUUUUCCAUUGUCAUCCAUGCAUUGUGUAAGAAAAACAGAAUUACUGAAGCCUGCGAGUUUUUAAAGAAAUUAAAAAGUAGAGCUGAUAUUGUUCCCCAGCCAUUCAUAUACAACCCGGUAGUUGAUGGGCUAUGUAAGGCUGGAAAUUUAGAACAAGCCAAUGCCAUUGCUGCAGAUAUGGAGGUUAAAGGAUGCUGUCAUGACAAGAUCACUUUUACGAUUCUCAUUCUUGGGCAUUGCAUGAAAGGGAGAAUGGCUGAUGCAGUUAAUAUUUUUAAUAAGAUGGUUGCAUUGGGCUGUACCCCGGAUAAAUUGACUACAAGCUGUUUCACAUCUAUCCUUUUGAAAGCUGGUUUGGCUAAGGAAGCAUAUAGAAUAAAGAGCUAUGCAUCAGGAACUGUUCCGUAUAGGAACAAUAUUGAAGUCCCCAUAGCCGCUUAUAAUAGUUAAUAAUACCCUUGGUUGCACACUUUUUUUCCGGGAAGAUUAUGGAAGACUCUUCUUCUACAAUGCAGUCUUCGCAUGGUUCAGUAUGCAUGAUGGAGCGGACAAUAGCUAGAGUUGGGACAUCCUUGGACUUGGUUCAAUUUACUACCAUGUAGCUUCUUCUCACAGAUGCAUCUUCAUCUAAUUCAACAUCCUUCUGAAUUUUGGAGCCCACGUAAUAUAACAUAUUACUGAUUGGGAUCUCUUUAGCAUCCAAGGGUUUGUCGAAGUGACAGUGGAAAAAAUGACCAUGACUGUGGAAGUGGCCAGUGAUGGAGGCUGGGCGUGAAUGCGGAGUGGUAAAAGUGGUGUACUGGUGUCAAGAGGGAACAUUGGAUUCGGCAAAGCAACUCGACCACGAGGCAGGAAAAAGGCUACCAGUUAUUCUGCUAAGAAGGUUGUUCUUCUAAAUACAAAGGUGGUUAUCAAGUUGUCUGAAGUGUCAUGCUGAUGGAAACCUGUGGAUAAGAAAAACUGGCCAGCUCGCACUUCAGUUUGUGGUACCCCAGCAAUUUGUAACUUCAGAAGAAUUUUGAUGUCUCCUCGCCUUCUCAGUGGUCUAACACUUUUGUACAAGACAUAGAUUUUCUGAACAGAUCAGCACAAAUAUGAUGCCUUUCCACCAUCAUAUUUCACUUAGACGAGACCAACGUAUUCACACAUCACAAGUCAGUUGGCUAAAACUAUAUUUAUUAACAUUGUGCAAAUAAAUCUUCAAUUCAGUUGGAAGAGAUCAACUUAUUCACCAUGAUGUUCCUACUUGGAAUAGACCAACUUAUUCACAAGCCAGUUGGAUCAAACUAAUUUUAUUAACAGUGUGUGAUAAACAUCAAUGUUUUUUGUUGACUCCAUACUUGUUGUUAGGCUCAGGCUACCUUAGGUUUAGUAGUAUUCUUUGUUCUGGUGCAAUAAGUUAUACUUUUUCAGAGUACUUAUUUUGGAUUUAAAGAAUAUAGUUUGCUUUGUUUUGGUUUGUUUAUCUGAUAACUAAUUCCAUAUUCACGCUGUCCAAAUAGAUAAAGAAACACAAUUUUGAAGUAGCAGACUAGCAGUAAGUCCAUGCAAUUUUCAACGCGAUUUUCAUCACGGGUCAUCCGGAAACAGUCUCUUUGUACUUUAGUACAGGGGUAAGGCUUUUGCAGCACUGGGGUAAGGUUGUUGUUGUUGCUGCUCUCUUGUGUUGAUUACUUCCCCCUACUGCCUACACGUCCAGGUAUCUUGGUAGUGAAGAUUGAAGAGACAAGAUGCCCGAAAGCUAUAUGCCUGAAAAAUAUAUCCUUACACAAUCCAGUAGCAAAGUGUGGUAAGCUAUUUUCACUUGCCGUGAUAACAAAAUUAUAGUUUGCUGAACUAAAGAAUGCUUUUGUCACUUCAGAGUUUGGACGGUAGGAAAUUUGCAUUCCUUUAACUUAUCUGUUUGCUACCACUUAGAUCACACCAAUGUUCUAAAAGGCGAUUGACGCAUCUUAGGGGGCGGCAGACCGCCUUGCACGAAGCCCAUAUAAGCAGGUGCCUAGGUCCUUAUUAAACUUUACAUUUGACUUCACACACAUUAAGGAAAUAAAUUUGACUUUACUAUAGAAUACACUGUUUGACACUUUUUGACACUGUUUAACACUGUUUUGUACUGUUUGGUGUAAAUUUGUUUGCCAAAUAAGGCAAAUAAGGAAGUGUAAAGUUUAAUAUGGGACGGCCCGAAAAGGAAAAUGUAAAGUUAAUUAAGGAACGGAGGGAGUAUAUUUUUAGUAAAGCAUUGUUAAAAUAAAAUGUUCUUAUUUUUUAGUCAUUCAGAUAAUUCACAUAUACUGAAAAGUUAUGCUUUUAUUGUAGAAAUACUAAAAUGAAAUUUAAUAGAAAUAAAAUAGUGAAUGAUCAAAUGAUUUCAUUUAGACUGCGUGAACAAUAAGUUGGAUUGAAAAUGAAGCGGUCCAUGGGGCUGUAUAGGCACCCGUCUAGCCAGCCAAAUUAUUUUACCAACUAGGAUGAAAUCAGGGUGGUCGACCGCUGCCUAGCCCGAUUCAAGAACAAUGUCUCACAUUUCUCUAUUGAUUUAGUACAAUUGGAGUCUCUAAAUUUAUUUCUCAGCUGAAAUGGAUAAAAUAGUAAUGCUGAUUUUUUCCUCAGAAUGGGUGUUGGGCCGCGGGUAUGCGGUGCCAGCAAUCUGACAGCCUGCCGGUGCAAUCGAACCGCGUGGCGCUUCGCUUGUGCUAUAAAGGGGGAGAAGCGUGCUACACUAUCAGCGAUUGCUUUUAGUGUAGUGGUAAGCGCAACGAUCCACAAUGGGACAUAGCGGGAAUGUUUGGUUUUGAUUUUAUAUUCCGUUUAUUUCUUCCCAUAAGCUUCUAGGUGAAGGGUGUAGCACCGGUUUGGUUACUAUCCAAAACCUUUCUGAAAGGGAUUUUUGGCACUUAGUGAAUUAAAGAAUUCCACAAUGUUUUAACGGCACAACCAGUGAGUUAUAUUUAUUUGUGCCAGUUCACUGUUCCAACUGUGAAAUUUCCCACUAGUUAAAGGUCUUAUUUGGCUCUUAUUUUAUUUUAUUUUAGUUUAGUUUGCGGGAAGUUUAAUAUUUGUCAGAGAUCUUAAAAUUGAUUUGCAGAUUUGCUGUAAUUGUUUGAACUGCUUAUCCAUUCUAGUUCAAGUUCAAGAUGGUAUGAUCUGGGAUGUGAGAUAAUGCUGCCUGUAGGAGUGAGUAUAGGAGGCAUUUCGCAUGAGGAAAAGUGAAUACUUUCCAUGGAAAAUAAUUGGGAGGAAAAGUAUUCUAUUGUUUGGUAUCUCAUUUGUCCAAAGUGAGUAGGAAAGUGAUUUUCAUGGGGAGGUGAAACCAGAUUCCGUAGAUAUAGUACCAAACGCCCCCCAAAAGUGUGUAUUAUUUAUUCAUUUUUCCUUGAAAACUGUAAUUGGGUAUAGCACGAUAAAUUGCUGUGUCUAGUGCGUGUCGGCUGUAAGCCUGUAUAGGAUAAAGAGUAGAAUAGGGAAACACGAGUUUUGUAGGACACUCAUUUAUCAAGUGUUGAAAAGUAAGAUAGUUUUUCAAUACUCAAUAAAUGCACAAAAAAAAAUGUAUAUAUGUCAUGUAGUCAUGAGCGUAGCUAGCUAUGCCAAUAUUGUGUGCAAGUUUAAGAAAUACUCCAUUUCUCAGCGGAAUUUGUCUUUUGUUGGUUGUUUCAAAAUUCAAAGUACACUUUUUUGUUGGAUUUGGAUUGUUUUAGUUUUAUUAUUCAUAUUUUC